AUGGGGAGGCAACCAUGCUGUGACAAGCUUGGGGUAAAGAAAGGGCCAUGGACGGCUGAGGAGGACAAGAAACUCAUCAACUUCAUUCUCACCAAUGGCCAGUGCUGUUGGCGCGCCGUCCCGAAACUCGCCGGCCUCCGACGAUGUGGGAAGAGCUGCCGCCUCCGGUGGACUAACUAUCUUCGACCUGACCUCAAGAGAGGCCUCCUCAGCGAAGCUGAAGAGCAGUUGGUUAUUGAUCUUCAUGCCCGCCUUGGCAAUAGGUGGUCCAAGAUUGCAGCCAGAUUGCCGGGAAGAACAGAUAACGAGAUUAAGAAUCACUGGAACACCCACAUAAAAAAAAAGCUUCUCAAGAUGGGAAUCGAUCCUGUAACUCAUGAACCACUUCAAAAACAACUAUUGUCCGACGAAGCUCCGCUGUCGGACUCCCAAGAAUCCGGCAACCAUUGUGUCGCCGAAAACGACAGCAUCAUAAACUCCGAGGCCCACUCAAGCUCACCGACCGAAAACUGUUCCAGCGAUGACUCUCUCUUACUAGACAACAUUUGCAAAAACGAAUCCUUAGUGAACAGCUUGUGGCUAGACGAAGCUCCCCUUGUCGAUCCAACGUGGCAAAAUCCCGCUGGCGGCUUGCCGUCCAUGGAGGAAAACUGUGCAUGGUUACUGGAUUGCCAGGAUUUCGGAAUCCAUGAUUUUGGUUUAGACUGUUUCAGUGAUAUAGAAUUUAACGUGAUGAACAGUAAUUGACACGUAGAGGCAUACUGGACCUGGACUGAUGAUGAUGAUGAUGAAACAAAGAUGAGGAAAAAUGUUAAUAGCUUCAUCAAAUGAUCAUGUGCACAUGUAAAUGUUGUCUGGUUUUAUCUAUAUGCAUGUUUUGUUCCAGAAUAUUCUUGGAAGGUGGAAGGUGAACCUUGGCUCUUAUGAGGUCCCUCACCAACCAAACCAAAAGUAGUACAAAAGCAAAAAAAAAAAAAAAAAAAAAAAAACCAUUAAAAUGUGAUAUUAUUUAGUUCUUUAAUGUACGUUUGUACUGUUACGUCGAACGUAGGGACACAGUGGGCACUGUCCAAAAGUGUUAGUGGGCUAUGUCGUCGAUAUAUAUGAAUCCUUUUGUACAUACUGUUUCUGUGUUUAUAAUAAAGGGAGAAGGUAGCCGUUUUGUUUC